AUGAAACGGUCGUGGCUGGUUUCUUCACCUCGGCCUUUGCUGUUUCCUCUCGUGGCAGGCCUGGGGGCGGUUGUGGUGCAAGGCCUUUCUCCGGAUCUUACAUUGUACUUCGACCCCAGCUCACGAGACGUUCCAAACUCUAGGAGACUUUCCUACCCUUGGGACGAGAGAAGUGCCGUACGCCACUUGGCUGCUCCGCCAGCAUACGUGACACGAGUCUCUACAACAAGAACAAACCCUGCAGCAGCGAACUUCCGAAGCUCCGACGAUGAACUCGCGCCAAUUCUGCGAGGCAUCUGCAGCAUUCCUGCAUUUAACCCGUGUGUCCCCGAAGCGCAGUGCGUACCCACUGUUCCCGUCAUUGGGGAGGCAGCGUGUGUCUGCCCGAAUGGUUCUACUGGAGAUGGACUCGCUUCUGGAGAAGGAUGCGUGGAUAUCAACGAAUGUGCAACGGCACACAAUGAUUGUGACGAGAGGACUACUGUUUGUAUAAAUACUCCUGGUUCCUUCAGAUGUGAAUGCAAGCCAGGUUAUCUGACGGCACCCGACGGAAGGACCUGCUUGGACAUCGACGAAUGCCAGAAUCCUGCACUGAAUGACUGCGACUCAAAGAAGAUGACCUGUCACAACCUCGAGGGGACUUACAAGUGUGUAUGCAAAGAUCCACAGCAAAUCGUGGAUCCUCUAACCAAACGCUGCAGGGAUUUGAAUGAGUGCGAGGAUAUGGACAGCGUGAUGAACCCGUGCGAACAGUUAUGCUUUGACCGAGUGGGAGGUUUUGAGUGUGGAUGUAGACAAGGUUAUACUCUCGCUAGAGACGGCGUUUCCUGUGCGGAUAUCGACGAAUGCGCUGACCCUACACUCAACGCCUGCGACCCUGAGGGCGUUGUCUCGCGUUGCCAGAAUGAGGUGGGUGGGUACAGAUGCCUGUGUAAUAUUGCUGUGGGCUUCACCGAUGGUCCGGAUGGAAUAUCUUGCGUCAACUUGGAUGAGUGCGCCAGAGAUCCGUAUAUCUGUGGUGGGGCGUUAUCUUGUUGCAAAGAUAUGUUUCCUCCCCAGCGGUUUGCAUGCACGGUUCCUCUAGACGACGCACUCGGGCAUACCCCUCCUCUAGCAGGAGUAACGACCCAGAAGAUCAACAACACGUUCGGAGGCUCUCCGCUGACGAGCUGGAUUCCUGCCUUCCUCGGAGUAGAAAACAGCGCAAUUCUGACAACACCCAGAGUGCUGGAGCGCACGCCGUCGAUGACGUCUCUAGAGGAGAAGGGCUCACUGGACCGUUUUAGCGUUUCCACGUUGAGCAGCGACAUUCACGGCUUCAACGACCAAGAGGUAACUCCCGGCGGUCCAUUCAGUGGUCUGGAUGAGGACAGUUUGGCACUUUUUGAGGAUGAAGACGGCAUGAUGGUCGUUGGUGUCGUCGCGGGUAACAGGACGGACGACACCGUGCGUCUUCAACUCGAAAGAAUAAGAUCGUUCGGAAGCCCAGGCACGAUUCAGGAACCUACAGAAGCUGCUCUUCGCCGUCUGCAAAUACUAACGGCGCUCAAACCAGGAUCGCCACACCUCCCUGGUAGUCAACUAGGUCCGAUUGGUGGAUUGAGAUUUGCACGCGGGGCGACGUGCCCAGCAGGCUUUCGCUUGGGGGGAGACUUGUAUCGCGACAAAGUAAGAAACAAAGUGAAGAAUACUUUCGAAUAUUUAAUUACAAGCAACAUCCAAACCAACAACGACGGAACCCGGCGAGUCGUUGCGCCACAAGAAGUGGCUGCAGGGGUUAUGGGGAACACGCACAUAAUCUCAGACGAAGCAAUGAAGUGGUACAACGAGCUGUCCAAUAUUCCUGCCUCUCUCGGAUCAGCUGUACAACUGGGGAAUGCAGCCGCAGAUCUAGCGAGAGACGCUGCGCUUCAACAACUUGUCGGAGGUGCCGUCUAA